CUUAAAGAUAAAUCCUUAUAAUUUGGCAAGGGGGGUGUUUAUCUUUAUAUGAGAAACGAAUAUGGUUCGAAAAAGAUGCCAAGGAGUAUGGACAUAUGCUUAUAUGUUGGUGGCUGCUCUUCUUAUGUGUGUUGUGGCUGGAGCCGCCCCAAAGAAGCCUGUACCGGUGCCAUUUGGGAAGAACUACGUGCCCACUUGGGCGUUUGACCACAUUAAGUACUUUGACGGCGAUUCACAUAUCCAAUUGUCACUCGACAAGUACACUGGUACUGGCUUCCAGUCCAAGGGCUCCUACCUCUUUGGCCAUUUUAGUAUGCGAAUUAAAAUGGUCCCAGGAGAUUCCGCGGGCACUGUCACCGCCUUUUAUUUGGCGUCACAAAACUCCGAGCAUGAUGAGAUAGAUUUUGAAUUCUUGGGUAACAGGACUGGCCAACCAUACAUUUUACAAACAAACGUGUUCACGGGGGGUAAAGGUGACCGCGAGCAACGUAUAUACCUAUGGUUUGAUCCUACUAAAGCUUUCCACUCCUACUCCGUCUUGUGGAAUCUCCAUCAAAUAGUGUUUUUUGUGGAUGACAUUCCCAUAAGGGUGUUCAAGAACAGUAAAGAUUUGGGAGUCCGGUUCCCAUUUACCCAACCCAUGAAGGUAUACUCGAGUUUAUGGAACGCGGACGACUGGGCCACGAGGGGCGGGUUGGAGAAGACUGACUGGUCGAAGGCGCCGUUUGUGGCUGCCUAUAAGGACUUCCAUAUCGAUGGUUGUCAAUCGUCCGUUAAUGCCAAAUAUUGUGCAACUCGAGGCAAACAUUGGUGGGACCAGAAGAAGUAUCGCGAUCUUGAUGAUUACCAAUGGCGUCGGCUUCGUUGGGUUCGUAGGAAGUUCACGAUUUAUAACUAUUGUAUGGAUCGUAAGCGGUUCCCUGUUAUGCCUAGAGAGUGCAAACGAGACCGCGAUGCUUAACUAGUAUAGGUCUCAAGUGUAUAAGUAUUUUUAUUAACCAAUUUGAAGCGUGAUUUAAAUAUGUUGACAUGAUAAGUCAUUCCUUGUAUGAUUAUUUAUUUUCCUUGCCUAUGUUUAAUGUAUUCACUUAUUGUUCGGUUUUCA